AUGGCUGGCGCUUAUGAUACCGAACAACAAAGAAUGAUUGAUAGAAUUAAAUGCAUUACUUUCCGAGAAGCUCGUGAUGCUGGUGCAACAUUUAUAAAUAGACAAUGGAUUGCCGACAAAAUUCACCGUACGACUCGAUUUGUUACAGAAUGGUGGGAAAAAUCGUGUGACCAAUGUUUUGCUGAUUAUUCGAAUGCUGGUCCUAAACUCAAGUUAUCGAGAGCUGCUCAGGACAUUAUUCGUGAAGCAAGUGGUCACCAACGGAAAAGCGGUUCUGUCGUGGCGAAAGAGAUUGCAAAGAAACAAAAAGAAUAUGUUACUCGACAAACAGUUAAUAACUACCGUCGUAGGGAAGGAUUAAAGCCUUUUCAUGUUAUUUCAAGACCGUUAAAAUCUGAAACUCAUAUAUCAGAUCGAUUAUGGCUCUGUGAUUGGUUGAAAGAUUGGACUGAAGAAGAUUUUCUUCAUCUGGCACCAUCAGAUGAAUUUUAUGUUUGGACAGUUCGCAAACCAAAUUAUCAAAAUGAUAGGAUUUGGGCAAAAAGUGUUGAAGAUAUUGAAGACGAUGAAAGGUAUCGCGAAAUGGUUAAAAACCAAGCGUGUAUCGACAAAGGUGAAUCUUGGACCGGUCAAUAUUUUCGUGACAUUAUUUUAAUGCAACACGUAUUUCCAUUCCUCACCGACGAGGAAAACGUAAUUGAUCUGGAUAGUGUGAUAUUUGUUCACGAUAAAGCACCGUGUAUGCGAGCAAACAUGACUCAACAUCUGAUUAGAGAUAACAAAAUCGAGUUUUGGGGCAAUGAUAUUUGGCCUGGUAAUUCGCCCGAUCUCAAUGCGGCGGAACAUAUUGGAUCAAUAAUGAAAGAUGAAGUUGAACAAAAAAUGUUAUCGGAAACUGGACAUAAUCGAUAUAGUGAAGACACACUUAAAAAGCACAUUGCGGAUGUUUUGACGGACAUGGAAGAAAAUACCGAAUUGUUUGAAGCUCUUUUAUGUUCGUAUCCAUCUCGACUUCGUGCAGUAAAGAGUGCUAAUGGUCGUCAUACUGAUUAUUGA